CCAUGCUUCUGGACGCGGGGCCGCAGUUCCCGGCCAUCGGGGUGGGCAGCUUCGCGCGCCACCAUCACCAUUCGGCCGCGGCGGCUGCGGCUGCGGCCGCCGAGAUGCAAGACCGAGAACUGAGCCUGGCUGCGGCGCAAAACGGUUUCGUAGACUCGGCCGCUGCGCACAUGGGAGCCUUCAAGCUCAACCCCGGAGCGCACGAACUGUCUCCGGGCCAGAGCUCUGCGUUCACGUCGCAGGGCCCUGGUGCCUAUCCCGGCUCCGCUGCCGCUGCCGCCGCCGCCGCGGCUCUCGGGCCCCACGCCGCGCAUGUUGGCUCCUACUCCGGGCCUCCCUUUAACUCCACCCGGGACUUCCUGUUCCGCAGCCGCGGCUUCGGGGACUCAGCGCCGGGAGGCGGGCAGCACGGGCUAUUCGGACCCGGUGCAGGAGGCCUACACCACGCGCACUCAGACGCUCAGGGCCACCUCCUGUUUCCCGGCCUCCCGGAGCAACACGGGCCGCACGGCUCCCAGAAUGUGCUCAACGGUCAGAUGCGCCUGGGGCUGCCGGGAGAGGUGUUCGGGCGUUCAGAGCAAUACCGCCAAGUGGCCAGCCCGCGGACCGACCCCUAUUCGGCGGCGCAACUCCACAACCAGUACGGCCCGAUGAAUAUGAACAUGGGUAUGAACAUGGCAGCCGCUCACCACCAUCACCACCACCACCACCCAGGUGCCUUUUUCCGCUACAUGCGGCAGCAGUGCAUCAAACAGGAGCUCAUCUGCAAGUGGAUCGAUCCCGAGCAGCUGAGCAACCCUAAGAAGAGUUGCAACAAAACUUUCAGCACCAUGCACGAGCUGGUGACCCACGUCUCGGUGGAGCAUGUCGGCGGCCCGGAGCAGAGCAACCAUGUCUGCUUCUGGGAGGAGUGUCCACGUGAAGGCAAGCCCUUCAAGGCCAAAUACAAACUGGUCAACCACAUCCGCGUGCACACGGGCGAGAAACCCUUCCCCUGUCCGUUCCCGGGCUGUGGCAAAGUCUUCGCGCGCUCCGAGAACCUCAAGAUCCACAAAAGGACCCACACAGGGGAAAAGCCUUUCCAGUGUGAGUUCGAAGGCUGUGACCGGCGCUUCGCCAACAGCAGCGACCGGAAGAAGCACAUGCACGUCCACACCUCAGAUAAGCCCUAUCUCUGCAAGAUGUGCGACAAAUCCUACACACACCCCAGUUCGCUUCGGAAGCACAUGAAGGUCCAUGAGUCCUCCCCUCAGGGCUCCGAGUCCUCCCCGGCUGCCAGCUCUGGCUAUGAGUCGUCCACACCCCCGGGACUGGUGUCCCCCAGCGCUGAGCCCCAGAGCAGCUCCAACCUGUCUCCUGCGGCGGCGGCGGCGGCGGCAGCCGCGGCUGCGGUGUCCGCGGUGCACCGAGGCGGCGGCUCCGGAGGCGGCUCGGGGAGCGGCAGCGGUGGGGGCGGCAGCGGGGCGGGCGGCGGGGGCGGUGGCAGCUCUGGCGGGGGCAGCGGGACAGCCGGAGGCCACAGCGGCCUCUCCUCCAACUUCAAUGAAUGGUACGUGUGAGGGGCCUGGGGGCCUUUCUCUCUGUCUCUGUCCCCACCUCGCCCUCCCAAAGCGCGUGCUGCCUCUGCUGAGGGCUCCUUAUUGAUGAUCCUGUUGUUAAAAUUAUGAAUCUGAUUUUUACGGUGAUGAAAAAUGAUUUUACCAGCAGAAGGGUUUUUUAAAGUUUCGUUUUGUUUUUUUUAAAGAAAACAAUCUAGGCAUGAAAAGCAAAAUAAUCUCUCUGGAGUUUCUGAAACUGAAGACAAAAUAAAUAAAAAGUGUAAAAAAAAAAAGUAAAACAUAAAAAUAUCGAGUCAAACCUCCCUAGCAACCCCCCAAACCCAUUUUACUUCCUAUACUCUUCCCAGUCUUCUGAGAAACUGUACAUAGUGGACUCCUUCCUUCUUUGCCGUGAUUUUAAUGGCUUCUUGGUGUAUAGAAGUUUGUCCAUUUGUAAGCUCCGGAUUGCGUUCUUUCCUCCCUUCAACCCUGUACCCAAGUGAUGGACCCUUUCUUUUCUCUUUAGUUUACCCAGUUUAUUUUUUACGUAAUGUGGAAGAAAAUGGUUUAUUUUGUAUUGUGGUAUUGAAUAUUGUGUUCCUUUUUAUGAGGCAACUUGAUUGUAAACUUCAUGCAACUAUAGACUGGAAAAAAAAAAUGAGCCGUGCCAAAGUCUCCCUUCUGUUUCUUCAACACAUCGACCCAUACAUAGCACACACAUAUCACCACCACCACCAACGCUUGUGAAUGUAUUUUUCUGUUAGCUGAGUUUACAUGUGAUGUUUUAGUGCUUUUGCAAGUUCAGUUUGUUAGUUCCUGUAUGAAAGAUUGUGGGGGAAAAAUAAACGUGCCGUUAGCUUUUUCCGUAAUAACACCCUUCUGUAAAUACCCGUUACCAUAUUUAUCCAUUUGUAAUUAAAUUAUGGUAUUAACUUGCUACAGAGGAAACAAUAUUUAUAAAGAAUGUUUCUUAACUAUAAAUAUGUACAAUUGUGGGCAUAAACUGUUUCAGAUUUUUUAUUUGAAGGUUUUAAGUGGUUUGAUCAUUUCUUGUGAUAUGUUUUGAGAGUAAUGCAUACAGAAAUAUAAUAAAAUGUGUUGAAACUGC